UACGCAGCCGGAAUGGGCUCAGCAAGUGCUCCAGUAGGACCCCCGGCGGGCGGACCGGCAGCUUCACCAGGAACGCUUCUCUCAACAAAACAUGCCGCUCCACCAGCGUCCUCGGCUGGUGCUAGUGCUGGAUCGAUUGGUACUGAUGAUGAUGAGGAUAGAAAAUAG